CUAGCUUUCAGCUCGGCCCGCCCCCUUUGUGUCAGCCGGAGAACGGCAGCCCCAUGGCCGGAGCUUGAGCGUUGGCUGCCGUCGGCUGUCCGUUCGGUAACCGUGCUGCGCUGCCCAGCUCGGUCGGAUCAUGAGAGAAGAAGAGGCGGCAGCAGCAGCACCAGCGCCGGAGAACGCGCUCGCCCCUCAGUCCGAGCCGGGUCUCCCCGCUCAGGAGCGUCCGGCCAACUUGGGCCGGGAGCUGCCGCCCAAACUCUGCGGCUACUUGAACAAGCUUUCGGGGAAGGGCCCGCUCAAGGGGUUCAAGUCCCGCUGGUUCGUCUUUGACCCCCUCCACUGCUACCUGUACUACUUCAAGGGCCCAAGCGACGCGAUCCCUCUUGGGUACAUCGACAUCGCCGAUGCCUGUUUCACCUAUGAUCUGGAAGCCGAGGAGGGGCAGAUGGAGAUCCGUUCGGCAGGUCGAGACUACACCCUUAAGGCUCCCAACGCACAGGUUAUGAGAUUUUGGCUGCAGCAAUUGCAACAAAAAAGAUGGGAAUUCAGUAAUAACAGCUCUGUUGGACAAAGAGAUAGUCGCACAUUAUCUGUGUUCCCAGAUUCUGCCACAGGUCUAGUUGCUAAAAGUAUUGAUGCGCCCUUUCUUCCCCAAACAACGGAUGUUGCUGAGAGUGCAAGAAGUGUACUGGAUGAAGAGGUUGCCUUAGAGACUCUGGUGGGUGAACGCGCAGCAAAUUGUCCAAAUCCUACAACCAUUAACUUCUCUUUGAAAAACUUGGGCACAGAGAUCAGAAACUCAAUGUCAAAUCUGAAACCAGGAAGAGCAAACAAUGAAAACCGGCGAAGUGUGUUCUACACAGAAGACUGGGUGCUACUGGAUCCCACCCUCAAAGAUUUGGAAGAAGCUGCAGGACAUGAGGAAAGGAGAAAAAGGGAGUCAGCUGAACCAAGUAGAGGAUCAGCAUUUACUUUUGAUUUUGCAAAAACGUCUCAUAGACCUAAACGGCCAUUCUUGAAAGACAUGAUCGGAACAUCAAAAUCCCGAAAUAAUAGUGAGUCAUCUCCUGUAGAGUGGGUUGUUACCAAUGGAAAGCCUUCAACAGAGAUUCAGUUGAGAAUCCAAGCACAACAAGAAGAGUUGAACAAAGUGAAGGAAGACCUAAGCAGUCAAAAGGAGCUGGUACGCCUGUUACAGCAGACAUUGAAGUGUUCUCAGCAGGAAAAAUACUCCCUGAAUACUGCUUAUACUUCUGUGGAUCAUAGUAUAACAGAGCGUUUGCAUCAGAAAGACCACCAAAUACAGGCCCUGAACCAGCAGCUGGACCACAUUAACCAGCAAAAAGAUCGCCUGGAGCAAGAAAUCAAAGCAUUUCAAGAUAAAUUUACUGGGAUGAGUGAUCAGCUUAACAUGUUCAGAGAAACCAUCCAAGCCAAAGAUGAAGUGAUUAUGAAAUUAUCGCGACAGCUCAGUGAAUGCGAGAACAAUCACGCACCUCAAGGUGUGACAUCAGGUGCCCCUUUUGUGUACAAGGAACUGCAGGAGUUGGACAGGCUAAAGGAUGCCCUUCAGGGUUAUAAGACACAGAAUAAAUUCUUGAACAAGGAAAUCUUAGAACUUUCUGUGCUAAAGAGAAAUACUGAGAACAGAGAAAAAGCACUGGAGGCAAAGUGCACCAGCCUGGAAGCCAGACUGUGCCAGGUUGAGAGCAAAUAUCUUGUACUCCUUCAGGAAGUUAAGAAUCCUGUUUGUUCUGGAGAAAAAGGUCCAACACAUGAAGUAAUUUCUAGACUUUUGGAAGAUGCUCUGAAAGUGGACACCCCUGAACAUCCAGAGCAAACUGUUCUUAAACCAAAUCCUGUCAGUGAAUACGAUAUUUAUGGCUUCAAGACAGUGCCUGAAGAUAGUGAGGAGGAGACACUGAUUGCCAAAGUUCGAGCUCUAGACUUAAAGUCCAUGUCACUCACCGACAGCCAAGAAAUUUCCACAGGAGUUAAAUGGGCAAAUUACUUUGCUGGUACCAUGAACCGAGAAAUGGUGCGCUCACCUGAAUUGAAGAGCCUCAUUCGUUGGGGUGUUCCACAUGAAAAUAGAUCAAAGGUCUGGAGGUGGUGUGUCAACCUCCACGUCAGAAAGUACAGGGAAAAAUGUGGUUCAGGAUAUUUUAACUCCUUGCUCGAGAAGGCACUAGAGAAGCAGAACCCUGCUUCAAAACAGAUUGAGCUGGAUCUUAUGCGCACUUUGCCAAAUAAUAAGCACUAUGCCUCACCAACCUCGGAAGGAAUACAAAAACUCCGAAAUAUUCUGCUGGCAUUUUCCUGGAGAAAUCCAGAUGUUGGAUACUGCCAAGGCUUAAACAGGUUGGCUGCGAUAGCACUUCUAUACCUGGAACAAGAGGAAGCGUUUUGGUGCCUUGUUGCCAUUACUGAGUGUUUUAUGACUCCAGACUAUUACACAAAGAACCUGCUUGGGUCACAGGUUGACCAGCGGGUGUUCAAGGACUUGCUGAGUGAGAAAUUACCACGGUUACAUGCACACUUUGAACAAUACAAGGUGGAUUUUUCACUCAUCACAUUUAACUGGUUCCUUGUGGUAUUUGUGGACAGUGUUGUCAGUGACAUUCUGUUCCGUAUCUGGGAUUCGUUCCUGUAUGAAGGUCCAAAGGUUAUAUUUCGAUAUGCACUUGCAGUCUUCAAAUUUAAGGAGGAUGAGUUUCUAAAGCUUCAGGAUUAUAUGUCCAUAUUCAAGUAUCUGAGAUACUUCACUCGCACUAUUCUUGAUGCACGAAAACUUAUCUGCAUUGCAUUUGCGGACAUGAAUCCCUUUCCAAUGCGCCUGAUCCAGGGUCGCCGAGCUUUCCACUUGGAGAAAGUACGCCUGGAGUUGAGUGAAUUGGAAGUAAUCCGCCAGGAUUUUCUCCGGGAACGUGAAACUGCAACACCCGACAGGAGAGAUGUCAUCAGUGAUGAUGAUGAGGACACCUAGUUGCACAUUCAGGCUCACCAUAAGAACUCGGGACUAGUUGAGGAACUAGGAACACGAGAAAAGCUUGCUUUCCAUCUAGAUUUGUCAUGUUUGAGUCCCAAGGUUACUCAGCAGCUAAAUCUGUCUGCUGCUGUUAAUUAUAUAUAUAUAAAAAAAGGUUCUCUGGUUUUCAGCUGGGCCAGAAGAUGGGCAGCUUUGCAAGAAAAUGCAGAGAAAAUGUUUCUCAUCCGAUCUUUUAAGCAAACCCUCCUUUUGGCUCCCAUUUCUUUAGCCAUUUAUCAGGACUCCACUUUCCAUUGAAUGUUAUUUGGAGGUAGUUGCUCUUUCAAAUUUAAAAGACUGAUGAGUGUUUCUUCUAAAGUUUAAUCAUGUUGAUGGUCAUGAAGAAAUAUGCUGGGCAUAUUUCUCUUUAAUUCCGCACAUUGAAAGACUGUAUCAAACUCAUGGUGCAAAUGUGUCAGGUACGCACUUAAAACACUGUGCUAGUUCUGUGCUCUUUGUGAUUGCAAAGAAAUGUUUGUUUUAGUUAUUCACUCAUGGGACCAAUCUUAAAGUUCUGAAGCAAGUGUUAUUUGGAAAUCUUGUUCAGUGUGACUUUCAUCUGUAGUUCUUUGUGUUUUGCAUGUCAAUAUUUUGGGAAGCAGGCUUCCUUAACCAAAAACAAAAUGUUUGGGAGAGAGGAGUUCCUUAAAAUCUCUCAACAUGAUGUGAUGUCCCUUUAAAUGACGAGAAAAGGGAAUCUGGGCUCUUUGAUUUAUUUUAGUCAUCCUUGCUGAGACUAUCAUUUCACUACAACAUUAUGUAUUGAAAAUCUGGUAAAUAAAUCUUGGUUUAAGCUUUGUUUCCAAUAAGGAUAUUCAGCCGAAGUAUGAUUAUAUGUUUACAUUCAGAAUGAACUUACUGUACAGUGAUAAGGAAUAGCAAUUAGCCCACUCAACUUUAUUAGGAACUUGAAUUACUCUGGGUUUUUUUUUUGCUUAUUUUGUACAAAAUGUCAUUUGCAUGUGUGAAUCUCCUGAUACAAUCUAUGGAAAAUAGUCUCCUCAGAUGAUAGAACCUGAAUUUGAUGUAUUUUAAGGACUUAAAUGGUAACUAGUAAUUAAUAAUCUAUCUUCCAAUGACAUGAAAAUGUGUAGGGGACUGGAAUUGUGUGUUUCUGUGACAGUGAGUAACUAAGCCCUGAACUUCUGUAAACUUGGCUGGACGAAGGAUCUUGCCAUUAUUUCAGUUUCACUGUGGUUAUUGCUCAACCCUGAGUAAUGGCCCAAUGUGCCAUGUUUUAGAUUGACAUGGAGGAAGGUAUAUGCUUUGGUGAAAUAAGGUUAUGUUUCAAAAUGAAGUGAUUGUUUCAUGAACUUUACUGUGAGUGAGACUGGACGAAGGUUGUUUUAAAUUAUUUUUGUUUUGAAGCUUCAUUUGCUCAUACCCAUCAAUGUCUAUUUGAAUGCAAGGUUGGAAGAAUGCAACUGCAUCACAGAACCCCUUGAGUGCACUUUGUUCCUUGUUGUCCUUAAAGAGUUGAGCUAUACGGUUAUACAGUACUAUACAGUUCUCUGACUUGAAAUAUGAUCCUCACGGUUUCUUUAGUUUAGAAUGAUCACACAUAAUGGGUUAACAAUAGUAGCCAUUUUGAUAUAUCUUGAGUGACGGGGCUCUGGCAGCUGAGUUAUUGUGGAUUCUUUCCAUAUGCACAGUUCUGAGUCUUAUGUAUCUAUAUAUGUUAUAUACCUGUAUAACCAGCACCUAAAGAAAGCGAGAUAUAGAAGUAAUGUUGUACACAGAAUGGUAACUUUUAUUUUUGUGACAGUUAAAUGAUUCAUUGCAAUUAUUCUCGACAUGUUAAAGGAAGAUCACAAUUUUGUUUUGUCUGUUUUCUUGUGAAGCUUUACUAUUCUGAAAAUUAAAAUUAUUUUACUACCAUUAAGUGCCUUUAGAA